ACGAGAUUGAGCGAGAAGCUGUCAAGCGGGAAAAUUCACCACCAUGGCCACUGCUCUGUAUCUGGAACAGUACCUAGACAGUAUAGAGAACCUACCCUUUGAGCUGCAAAGAAACUUCACUUUGAUGCGAGAUCUGGACCAGCGUGCGCAAGAUUUAUCUCAAGAUAUUGAUAAAGAGACGGGUUUGUACAUUGGCAAUGUCAAAACGUGGACACCAGACGAACGGGUGGAUGCUCUCAAGAAGAUCGAGAAGGCAUUCGCGAAGAGCAGGGAGUUCAAUGACGACAAAGUGCAGCUUGCUAUGCAGACGUAUGAAAUGGUCGAUAAGCACAUACGAAGGCUCGAUGCGGACCUCGCUCGGUUUGAGCAGGAGCUGAAGGAGCGGAACAUCGAGCAGAUAACAGACUAUGACAGCUCCUCUGGGCGGGACAACAAGAAGAAAGGACGAGGACGAACCGCCGAGAAAUCUGUCAAGAAGAGUCUGAAGAAAGGCCGAGUGUCUGACGAUGAGACGCCGAAGCAAUCCAGGAAGAAGUUGAAGACGUCAACGGCAGGCCAGGUCGUAGCUCCGAUUUUAACCCUUCCAACUGUGAUGAAUUCACCGUCCGAUGUACUAGACAUGCCAGUGGAUCCAAAUGAGCCGACGUAUUGUCUGUGCCACCAAGUUUCCUAUGGAGAGAUGAUUGGAUGCGAUAACCAAGACUGCCCGAUUGAGUGGUUCCACUUUGCUUGCGUCGGGCUGACCACAAAACCAAAAGGAAAAUGGUUUUGCCCGAGGUGUACCCCGGAUAAGAAGAAGAAAUGACCAACAAGAGAGAGGGUCUGGCAGGCAACAGUUUGAAAGUCUUUCCAUUUCACGAGCCUUCAAUGGCCAACAAAUAAUCAUCAUCACCGUGGCUGACGAAUACCUGGGUCAAGUAAACACAAGGAUCAAUGGUUAACGAGUGUUUGUUCAAUGACGUACAGGGGCCUCUUUGAGAGAAAUGUAAAUUUCUACCAAUACAAUUUAAGGGGCACCAAGGCAAUGACCAGGGGCAAGCAGUCUCUAUUCAUUGUAUCGGACAUUGCUCUUAAAAUCUAAAUUGCAGAUGGCUUCAUAUUCAAACUGGCCCUGCCCAUUGUUUAUUUUUAUUAGUGUGUUUUUUUUCUCUCUUUUUUUUUAAACAUUAGUCGGUUAUUUAAAAUUCAUUGAAAUUGUCUUCUCACGAAUUUGAGUUUUAUUGUUAACUGUAAAUAUAUCACUGACAAAAACUUAUUUUUUUAAAUAAUGCCAGAUGAACAAAUGGUGUGCCACUUGUUCCGAUUCAAAAUGAAUAUUUCAUACUGUUGUAAAUAAUGUAAAGAAACAAGAUUAUUUUUUAGUUAUUUCAAGUGUAACAGUUUACGUCAUUUUGUCAAGAGUUUGUUUUCAUAUACUAAGGGGAGGUACAGUAUCAGUUGGUGAAUAAACUAUAGCACCUCAGCAAGUUAUAUUUGUAUGGAAGCUUUCUACUAUCAUCUUCAAACGGUGUAAAAAGCUUAAUGUCAAUCUGUGGACAUUGUGUUUUAAGUAAAACAAACAGUACCCUAACCCUUUAAGAAAUUGUCACUCAGAUCAACAAAACAUUUGAUUGUACCUUCCCUUCAUGAAAAGUUUGAAGUUCUGUAUUUUGUAGUUCGUAAAUUUGAUAGGUUGAUGUUGUAUUCUUGAAAUGUUGAACUGGAUCAAAAACGUCAUUUUUUUUUGAAUUUUUUUUUUUAUUCAGUUUUGUAAGUUAGGAAUCAAAAGCUUGCAAUGUGGGGGACACACUCACACAAACUCCUCACACAAUACUCUUGUUGAAGCAUGGAAUUCCCUGCUUCUUAAGCGAUAAUCCUUUGCUUAUGGUAAGCAGAGCCGGGGAACAGACUUUUCUAUUACACCGGCUUCCUUGUCAAUCUAAAUUUGAGACAAUGCAAGAAUGAAAAAAAAGCAAUUCCACAAUUUGCAUUUAGAAAUAUUAGAAUGAAAUUGGCAUGAGUUUAUAUGCCCUCAAUAUAAAAUCUAUUUUUGUUUCAUGGUUCUUAUUACCGCGGAAUUCUUCGCAUGGAUAAAGCACGGAGUGUCUGAGGUAGCUGUUUAAAGGCAGUGGACACUAUUGGUAAUUACUCAAAAGAAUUAUUAGCAUAAAACCUUUUUUGUUG